GAAGUCGUCGUCGUCGUUACUGAGUGACGUCGCUGGUGUCGUGGCGGACGAAAGCAAGCUGCCGAGUGACAUGGAGUCGCUGACGUGCCAGCAGCCAGGAGGCGGGCUCAUGAUCGUCAUGGAUAUGACAGACAAGAGUCUAAGAUGCGGGCACUUGGCCCAGGCUGUCGUCGCUGGUGUCUGCUGCAUGGUGCUGCUGGUGCUGUGCAUUGUUGUCGCAGGCUGGCGCAAGAGAUACGAACUAAAAGUCUGGCUUCACUUUCGGACGUGGGGUCGCUGCUGCGGCAAAGACGAAGGUCCAUGGUCGGCGACAAUCAGCAUCCCAGAAGGUUCAACGUGUAUAUAUCGAUGGAUGAAGAGGAUGUAGAAGCAGUGGCUUGGGUGCUCCAUGUGCUGCUGCCGUUUCUGGAAGGGAGAACCACGCCCUUGAGGGUGUACCUUCCACUGAGGCAAGAAGCCCUUGGGGAGAGCAAGGCCAAUGCUCGUGCGGACGCCAUUGUCGACAGUCACAACAUGCUGGUCUUGCUCACACCUGGCUACGUCCAGAACGAGUGGUGCCGCUUCGAGUUUGAUCAAGCAUGUCGGCACCUGGAAGAGGAGAGCGCGGGCAAGCUGGUUCUCCUCAAGAUGGCUGGCGAGGACUACAGACACCGCGAGCAUCAGGUCGGCGUGACCCGCCUGCCAGGAGGCGGAGGUGAGAUGCUGCCGGCCACCGAGGGACGUGCGGGACGGUGUGGUGGCGCGGAAGAUCACCAGCACGCGCAGCAGAACGGAACUGACAUGCGCCCUGCAUCUGCGCUGCAGCCGAACCGUGACACUGUCAUGAGAGGAGCUUCCCCUGGCGGAGACAACCGUCGUCUUUUCGAGGCUGCGACGCCUGAUCCAGUUCCGUGUCCCGUAGCGAGGACGACGACGGCGGUCCACAUCUGCUGCAAUCCGGAACUCGCCGCAGCGGUGCCAGAGCAUCUUCCUUUAGAUGCGCGACAUUCAUGCAGCCGCAGAAGGCAAGUGGUGGCUGGCGCCUCACGACGUCAGCGAGCUCUCCUUGGUUGCAGCUUGCUCGCCCGGGUGCGGUGUUGGUGUGGAUGUCGGACGUGUCGCGAACCUGGACCCGCGCGGCGGACACAUACCAACCACUUGGAGUUCGCUCAGUUCUAUGACGUCACGGGUCAGCCGGAGACCCUGGAGAGCCUUAGUGCGUUUCUAGGGGAAGGGAGGUACAUCAGUCUGGGGGAACACUUGUGGCGGGAGAAAGUCUUUUACGAACUGUCCACUUACAAACAAAAUUGACCACAAUCUCUCUCGUAUACGUCGCAUCCAUGCAAGGUCAGAGACAGUUAAAGGCAAGAGUGCUCAGACAAACGUGCAGGUCGUGCUUGCACAAGAAUCAGUGUGUAUUAGUAAAGCUGAAAACUAUAGGAGGUAAUCUACUUUUCUCCUCUGUGCUCUGGAGUCUCUAUGCGCACAAAAUAAAUGUAAUAAGCGAUUCAAAGGCAAUUGUGAAUGACAAUUGUGCAUAAAUGUCCUAAUUGGUAUAAAUGUCAUUGGGUUGAACAAUAUUUCACUAAAAAUUGCUAAAGAUACUGAUAAUGUAUAUAAUAAUAAAGAAAAAUUGCUAAAUAUAUUGACACACACAAUUGGUAUUGCAUCUUAAAUGUAACAACAGUCAACAGAAGUCAAAUAAUCACACUUUUUUAUUUUCACUAAAUUUGUUAAAUGUACUGCUAAUAAAAUUUAUAUUAUAAAA